CCGGGCCGGGCCAGGCAGGGCGCGGGGCUCCGAGCGCAGCGGCCCCGGCCCGUGGCCCCACCAUGCCCCAGCUCGGUGGUGGCCGCGGUGGCGGCGCCGGCGGGGGAGGCGGUGGCUCCGGAGCCGGGGCAACCAGCGGAGGGGACGACCUCGGAGCGAACGACGAGCUGAUCCCCUUCCAGGACGAAGGGGGCGAAGAGCAAGAGCCAAGCAGCGACAGCGCUUCGGCGCAGCGGGACCUGGAUGAGGUCAAGUCGUCCCUGGUCAACGAAUCGGAGAAUCAGAGCAGCAGCUAGGACUCGGAGGCGGAGAGGCGCCCGCAGCCCGCCCGGGACGCUUUCCAGAAGCCGCGCGACUAUUUCGCUGAAGUGAGAAGGCCCCAGGACGGCGCUUUCUUUAAGGGACCUGCGUAUCCUGGGUACCCCUUCCUGAUGAUUCCGGACCUGAGCAGCCCGUACCUCUCCAAUGGACCCCUGUCUCCUGGUGGAGCGCGCACCUACCUGCAGAUGAAAUGGCCCCUCCUCGAUGUCCCCUCCAGUGCUACAGUCAAGGACACAAGAUCACCGUCUCCAGCACACUUGUCCAACAAAGUUCCUGUUGUUCAGCACCCGCAUCACAUGCACCCGUUGACACCCCUCAUCACCUACAGCAACGACCACUUCUCCCCUGCUUCCCCUCCCACACAUCUCUCCCCGGAGAUCGAUCCAAAGACAGGAAUCCCCCGGCCCCCUCAUCCAUCCGAGCUGUCACCGUAUUACCCACUGUCUCCAGGAGCUGUCGGACAAAUCCCCCAUCCCCUCGGCUGGCUUGUCCCACAGCAAGGACAGCCCAUGUACUCGCUCCCUCCUGGUGGUUUCCGGCAUCCUUACCCUGCCCUUGCCAUGAACGCCUCAAUGUCCAGCCUGGUCUCAAGUCGGUUCUCCCCACACAUGGUGGCCCCUGCCCAUCCUGGCCUGCCCACCUCAGGAAUCCCCCACCCUGCCAUCGUCUCCCCCAUUGUGAAGCAGGAACCAGCACCCCCCAGCCUGAGCCCUGCAGUGAGUGCAAAAUCCCCCGUUACGGUGAAAAAGGAGGAGGAGAAGAAGCCUCAUGUGAAAAAGCCUCUGAAUGCCUUCAUGUUGUAUAUGAAGGAGAUGAGGGCCAAGGUGGUGGCCGAGUGCACCCUGAAGGAAAGUGCCGCCAUUAACCAAAUCCUGGGAAGAAAGUGGCACAACUUGUCUAGAGAAGAACAGGCCAAAUACUAUGAGCUUGCCCGGAAAGAGCGGCAGCUUCACGCACAGCUCUACCCAACCUGGUCAGCCCGGGACAACUACGGUAAGAAAAAGAAGAGGAAGAGGGAAAAGCAGCUGUCACAGACACAGUCACAGCAGCAGAUUCAAGAGGCAGAGGGUGCUCUGGCCUCUAAGAGCAAGAAGCCAUGUAUUCAGUACCUGCCCCCGGAGAAGCCCUGCGAUAGCCCUGCCUCUUCCCAUGGCAGCACGCUGGACUCCCCAGCAACUCCCUCCGCAGCCUUGGCCUCUCCAGCUGCCCCUGCAGCCACCCACUCCGAGCAAGCCCAGCCCCUGUCCCUCACCACCAAACCGGAGACCCGAGCCCAGCUGGCUCUCCAUUCAGCUGCCUUCCUGUCAGCUAAGGCCGCAGCCAGCAACUCCAGCCAGAUGGGCAGCCAGCCCCCACUCCUAUCCAGGCCUCUGCCCCUGGGCUCCGUGCCCACUGCCCUGCUGGCCUCUCCCGCUUCCUUCCCAGCCCCUCUCCAUGCCCAUCAGGCCCUUCCCGUGCUGCAAGCCCAGCCUCUCUCCUUGGUCACCAAGUCUGCCCACUAAGCUGCCCCCUGUUCUAUGAAGGCUGUCUCGGGACUCCAAGUAGUAAUGGUUCAGACGAGAGGAGGGGGGUGGAAAGGAAACAUUAUUGGUCAAUAUUUGACCACUCUGGACUGUUCUGUAAAGUGACUGGUAACCGCAGUGCUUUACAAGUGUAGAUGUAACCAGUAGCUGAUCUUCAGGCUUUUUUUUAAAAAGAGAAAAAAAAAAGAAAAGAAAAAAAACCAACAAAACCUUCCUCGCCCCCUCCCCCGCCCCGCCCAUCUUCACAAGAAAGCACUGAAAAGCAGUGUGUUGCGCUCUCCCCGUGCGCUGUGGUGGGUUUACCUGGGCAGAAGCCGCCUCUCUACCUCUUCUCUUCCUGACUUUCUGCCCUCCUUGUCCUCACCAGCCCCCACCUGCCCUGGCUCCCUGCUGCAUCUGCAGCCUUGCCUGGCCCGGAGUUCUAGCCUGGCUCUCCUUCUUCCGGGCCACUCCUGUUCCCUUGCUCAAGUUUUUGUUAAUGUGUUCAACACCAUCCAUGCCCCCUUUGACCUCUGCCCAGCGUAAGGCCAUAACCGUGUGUGAUGACAUCUUGGCCUGGUCGUUCCCACCAGCAUCCCCCCCUCUCUCUUUGGGCCCCAAUGGGCCAGCCUCCAGCUUGUGGUGGGGAAAGAGGUCCUUCCUCUGAAACGCCCCCCCCACCCCUGCAUUUAAAGGGACUCAAGGUGCCUCCAAGAAGUCUAUGUUCGUCUUGGUGCCCAGUUGAAUUUUCCCGCCUCGCAGUCUCAGAGUGGCAGGCAGGACCCAGUCCUUGAUGUCUGGCUCCUGUCACCUCAGUCGUACGUGCUAGUACAAUCUGUGGAAGUUGUUAAGACCCUCUGCCCCUCCCCCCAUCACCUCACAAGCUUCUGUGUGUAUUUCAUUUCGUUUUCAUGGUUUUUUUGGAGCAAUUUAAACUCCCAGUCUAUUUUCACAAAAGAAAAUAAAAUUACAGUUGCAA